UCAGACAAAAACCCUAGAAAGAAAAAAUUCAUCUCUCCAAAAAGAAAGAGGAGAUGCAAGAGAAGAAGGGCGAAAUGGCGACUUCCAACAACUCAUCCAAGCAAUCUCCCAAGAAGAUUAACUUAUUGGAUCAUCAUUCCAUCAAAAACAUCCUUGACGAAUCUGUCACCGAGAUCGUUACUGGCCGGGGUCAUAUAGAAAAUGUUAGGAUGAGUAACAUUCGCCUUUCCUUGGGCACCCUCAUCAUUCUCGUAGCUCUCGCUGCUCAGUUCUAUCCCAAGAAGUUCCCUGAGAAUAAGGAUUUUCUGAUCGGCUGCAUCAUAUUGUAUAUUGUGCUAAAUGUGAUAUUGCAGCUGAUUAUUCACACAAAGGAGAAAGAUGCAAUUUUGUUUACAAAUCCUCCUACUGGAUCGUUCAAUAUUACUGGUCUAAUUGUCUCUUCCAAGUUGCCAAGGUUCUCUGAUAUGUAUACUCUGACCAUAGCUAGUGCAGAUCCCAAAUCCAUAGCAGCUAAGCCUACAGUAGAACUCACCAAGAGUGUUACUCAAUGGUUCACCAAGGAUGGAGUUCUUGUUGAGGGUCUUUUCUGGAAGAAUGUUGAUGCACUAAUAAAUAGUUAUGGCAAGGAGUCUAAGAAGGGAUAAACGUGAUGAUGUUUUUGGGCAUAGGUGAUAUGACAAUGGGGUUUAAAUUAUUGUGAUUUUGAAUUUUAGAAUAAUAAAGUAUAUGAGGAAUUGAUUUUAGACUAUACCCUGCAAUUGCAUACAUGAUUUUAGA